UUCCUCCUGUUGGCUUCCUACCCGCCGACAAUUUCAUCGGCACGCUCGAGUUGGCCAGCGGACAGAGCGUUGCGUCCCCUAUAAAAGCGAGGGUAGACCAUGGCGAUGCCAGUGUGCUCACUGCCGACCAACAUGAACAGCACCGACAAGCUGAAAGUGAUACUCCUAUGCGGCCUAGUGUUAUCGGUCGUAGCUGAGGAGAAGAAGAAGGAAGUCGAGGCCAGCGCCGAGCCCAAGAAUGACGAGAAGUCGAAGCGUGGACUGGAGCUGAGUCUGGGCGAUCACGGCGGUUUCGGAGGCGAUUUUGGCGGUGGAUUUGGCGGUGGAUUUGGCGGUGGCCUGGGCGGCGGCCACGAGAUAAUCUCCACUGAGCACAUCAAAGCGGUGACAGUCACGAAGCACGUGCCAGUACCGCACCCGUAUCCGGUGGAGGUCACCAAACACGUGCCCUACCCGGUGAAGAUACCGAUCAAAGUGCCCGUCGACCGCCCGUACCCCGUCCAUGUGCCGCAACCUUACCCGGUGGAGGUCACGAAGCACGUGCCCUACACGGUUGAGAAGCCGGUGCCCUACCCGGUGAAGGUACCCGUAAAGGUGCCCAUCAAAGUGCCCUACACGGUCAAGGUGCCGGUCAAGGUUCCAGUUGAGGUACCCAAACCAGUGCCCUACCCCGUCAAGGUACCGGUAGUCGUCAAGGAGCCCUACCCCGUGCUCAUUAAGGGUCACGACGACGGUGGCUACGGUGGCGGCGGCUUUGGUGGCGGCGACUUAGACGGAUUCGGCGGCCAUGACUUCGGCGGCGAUUUCGGCGGAUUCGGUCACUGAGACAAAGCUACCGCGAAAGGGAGCGAGGACCCGUGAUUCUCCCCCUUUGCUUGACGGUAAACAGCUCGCAGCGCGAGACCAACAGUUCUUUUCGAGAGACCGAUCGCCGACAGGAGCGACCGGUGGAGCGAUCAUUACGUUGCUCCGAUAGGAAUCGACAGCGAUGCACCAAUAUUGUAUUCAUUGCGAUCCUAUCCUCGAAUUGUACUAUACACCCUGUAAAUUUAAACUCGAAUAAAGUAUUUUUUU